CUGUGCAUUAACAGAUAAUUACUGUUGCACACAUGAUGCAACAUAUUCCAGGCACCGGACCCGGCCAGCGGCGCAGGCGCUUUUACACCUAGCUCCAGAGGAGCCGCUUGAGAGGGAGAGGGUGAAGGCCGUGGCAUUGCAACCCGUGCAUGCGUUUGCGGUUGCACCGGUGCAAGCCGCGCUGCGGGGCGGCUGCAGGAAGGCGAUGCAGCGCCUGGGGACGGUGCAGCAGAAAAUCCCGUGCGCCUUCGCCACCGAGCUGCGGGACGAACCGAGCACCAAGCGGCCCGGCCAGGUCUUACAGUGGGGCCUGUGGUCAUUGGGCUGUUACUCACAAACCUGUGUUCAGUCAUACAGAGUGUUGGCCACUGGAGAGCUGAGUGUGAAGGCGUUGGCAGCAGAUAUCCACCGGGCGAUUGCCACUGAGAAAGUAGACGGCACCUGCUGCUACGUUGCCAAAUACAAAGAUUCGCCAUACCUCUGGGCACGACUGGAUCGAAAACCGACCAAACAAGCUGAGAAACGAUUCAGGAAGUUUCAGUCUUCAAAGUCGGGCUCUGAGUUCACUUGGAACUUCGGUGAAGACUUCCGGAAGGUUCCAGAGGCCUGGAUUCCGGCACACGGAGUGGCCCAGUCAGAGGGCUGCCCGCUGCCAGAUGAGAACGGACAUAUUCCCGGUUGGAUUCCAGUGGAGAAGGGAAGUAAACAGCACUGUUGGCAUCUCUCCUCUGUGAACUAUGAGACGGGAUCCACCCUGGUCUUGCGCCUGCACUCUGGGAAGAAUCUUCUAGAAAUUACCAUUGUUCCCUUAAUGGAGCUGCUUGAACGGACAUUGGAGCUCGUGGGAACUCACAUUAAUGGCAAUCCAUAUGGCCUCGGGAGCAAGAAGCGACCCCUCCACCUCCUGGUUUGCCAUGGGUCUCUGCCAAUCGAGAACCCGCCACGUCUUGAGCUGAUGGACAUGGCCGCCUGGUUCAAGGAGAGUGAGACUGCGAGGGUGGAAGGGAUUGUGUGGCACUGUGCGGCCGGCACCCUCGUUAAACUUCACCGAUAUCACCUUGGACUGGAGUGGCCGCUGCCAGACCCGUUCUUGGCCUCUCGCCCUGUGUCCAUUAACGUCGAUCUCACCAGCUUCCCGUGGGAUUUUGAAACCAAGUCUCCCUUCGUGUUCCUGGCGAGGCUUAACGGCAGGCGGUUUGACCGAGUGAAGGACAUCUCGUGGGAGGACGCUGAGAGUUGACGUGGAACCAACACGAUGGCCCAGGAAGGUUGGGUGAGAUGGUUGGCUGCUUCAAGCCUGGAUUGGUUUACAUGUACCUUGGGGACUAGAAUCACGAGGGACUGUUCUUCAUUCAUGGGGCGACUACCUGGUCUGUCUUUACGCUGAUACCUGUUGUUGCUGCCAUUGGGAAUGUUGAAGCAGUUUUGUUCUUGCAAGCACUGGAAUGGACAUCAGUGGCAUGUUGUUGCUGUGCUGAGGUGGCCAUGUGCAGUCGCUGAACCUCCCUCAACUAUUUCCUUGGCUCAUGAAUGUCAGCGGUUAAACAUGCUCCACGCCUCCGCAGAUAGGACUGGGAAAUCUGGGAGCUGUGUUUGAUCAUUUUAGUUUAGACCAGACUUCACUGCCUCAGUCUCACGGCAAAUUCCAAUGUGUAGGUUGCUGUUUGAGUGUUAAAAUGUUGUGAUAUGGUUGUGUUGCACAUGUUAAAAUUUGCUUGUGUUUAAUCCUCCCCUUGGCUUAUCACAUUUUAAACUUCAGUUUGACCAAGUGGCACGGUGGCGCAGCGCUAGAGUUACUGCCUCACAGCACCAGAGACCCGGGUUCAAUCCUGACUACGGGUCCUGUCAGUACAGAGUUUUUACGUUCUCCCGUGACCACGUGCGUUUCCUCCCACAUCCCAAAGACGUGCAGGUUUGCAGGUUAAUAGGCUUCUGUAAAUUGUCCCUAGUGUGUAGGAUAAAACUUGUGUACGGGGUGAGCGGGGUUCUCUGGCGAUGUAAGGCGACAGCUCUAGCGAUUGAUUUUUAUUUAUUUGGGAUGUGGUGUCGCUGGCAUCUCUGCCCUCCCUAGUUGCCCCCGAAGGUGCUGGUGGACCUCUCCGACCUCAACAGUCCAGCUUGCCCAGUGUGAUCAGUGUAGUGCAAUACAGGAAAACUGUGACUGUACACUCUAAACUUUUUAAAUCGCACUUUGCAAUGUCUUAAGGAUGAGAAAAGCAUUAAACAAACCUGUGUCUUUGAAUAA